AUGCUAAAAGGAAUGCCUUUGGACGUGUUUCACGCCGAACCCUUCAAUGCCUAUCCGAUACCAACCAUUGGCGUGGUUCAUCGCAUGGCUGAACAUUUUCUACGUGUGUGGGCACCGCAGCAAGGCCACGCUUUUGCCAUUGACGGACAUCCGAACCCGUAUUUAUCAUUGCUGUGGCCGUACGCUCUGCAAGACGCCGCGAUCUUCGAAGGCAUAAUUGCCAUGUGCCGAGCAUCGUGGCUUCUGGAGAACGGUCAAGACACUCUGCAUGAUCGUGGGUUCAACUAUCACUUCAACAACAGCAAGCAAGCCUUGCAGAGACGUCUCGACAACCCCGACACGUGUUACGAUGACACGACCCUGCUUUCGAUAAUGGCACUGACAACAGUCGAUUAUACGCUUGGCGAGCAUUCACUGGCCGAACAGUACUUGCAGAGCAUGCGUCAGAUGGUGACCAUGAGAGGUGGCCAUCGAGAUGACACGGACUGGAAUAGGUUUCUCACGGCUGUUUGCACCGCCUUCGAAAUGCUCUGGAGCUUCAUUCUGUCGAAUAGUCAGCAAAAUAAUUCCCCGACCACCAAUGGCGCCGACAAACCUUCCGAGGCGAUGAGGAACGCCAUUCCAGUCUAUGCUAAUCAUCCUUUUCCUCCAGACUAUACAGCAUCACUGGCUCGCAUUCCCCAAGGCUUCAGCGAUUUGGCUGUCUCAAGCCUUCUUUCGAUGCAGUGCGUCCGCGUGAUCGAACGCAUACCGUUCACGCCCAGCUCUGCCGAGGCGACGGCAAACUCACCUCGCCCGGACGGAGCUGAUCUACACACUAUACACACCGAUCUUCUGAAGCUUACAACCCUAAAGACCACCAAGAUGGAGCACGUCCUCUGCUUUGGCCUUGUGGCUUACUGCUUGCCACUCCAAUGCGGUAGGCCACUGCCCGCAGGUUGUACAUCUCUGCUACAGUCAUGUGUCGACGCAUACAUGAGGUUCAAUCUCCGUGAGAACGAGGAGAAGCUGGACGGGAAGUGCUUACUAUGGAUCGCUGUGGUCCUUGCUUCCGCCCUGGACAACUGCGCAGAUGAGGCCUUCGACACGCACCUGUCCUCGAGAAAAUUUUGA